GGUUAACCGGCGUUUCUGUCAGCGAGAAUCUUCUAUUUCCUUCUGGAUCGUUCUAGAAGGCGCUGGGGUAUAUAAACAAGCGCCGUCGACCGGCGAAAAUCAAUAGCAAAGCAGCUGUCGUACCGAGCACAUCACCUCCAGUGAAGUGAAUUUUUACCGCAUUUUCAACCAAGCCAAGGGCGUUUUUCCAGUUUAUUGCGAUUUAAAAAAGUUCCUAAAACACAAAUAAGAUGCCGGAAGAAGUACAAUCGGGUGAAGUUGAAACCUUCGCUUUCCAAGCGGAAAUUGCUCAGUUGAUGAGCUUGAUCAUUAACACAUUCUACUCGAAUAAAGAAAUCUUCCUUCGUGAAUUAAUUUCCAACUCUUCCGACGCUUUGGAUAAAAUCCGUUAUGAAUCUCUCACCAACCCCGCGAAAUUGGAGUCAGGAAAAGAUCUCUACAUCAAAAUCAUUCCAAACAAAGCUGAUGGAACCCUCACCAUCAUUGAUACUGGUAUUGGUAUGACCAAAGCUGAUUUAGUUAAUAAUUUGGGUACAAUUGCUAAGUCUGGUACAAAAGCUUUCAUGGAAGCCCUACAAGCAGGAGCUGAUAUUUCCAUGAUUGGUCAAUUUGGUGUUGGUUUCUACUCUGCGUAUUUGGUCGCCGAUAAAGUUAUUGUUGUCUCAAGGAACAACGACGACGAGCAAUACAUUUGGGAGUCCUCCGCUGGCGGAAGUUUCACCGUUCGUUUAGAUCAGGGCGAACCCCUUGGGCGAGGAACCAAGAUUGUUUUACAUAUCAAAGAAGAUCAAACUGAAUUCUUGGAGGAAAAUAAAAUUAAAGAUAUCGUAAAGAAACAUUCUCAAUUUAUUGGUUAUCCCAUUAAAUUGGUUGUGGAGAAAGAAAGGGAGAAGGAAUUGAGCGAUGAUGAAGCGGAAGAAGAAAAGAAAGAAGAAGCGAGUGAAGAAGAUAAAGAUAAACCGAAAAUCGAAGAUGUAGAAGAUGAUGAGGACGCGAAAAAAGAAAAGAAAAAGAAGACCAUCAAAGAAAAAUACACCGAAGAUGAAGAAUUAAACAAAACCAAACCAAUUUGGACCAGAAACGCCGACGAUAUCAGCCAAGAAGAAUACGGAGAAUUUUAUAAAUCAUUAACAAACGAUUGGGAGGACCAUUUGGCUGUUAAACACUUCAGCGUCGAAGGCCAAUUAGAAUUUAGAGCGCUCCUCUUUGUUCCAAGACGAAUUCCUUUCGAUCUCUUUGAAAAUAGGAAGAAGAAGAACAACAUUAAAUUGUACGUCCGAAGGGUCUUCAUUAUGGAUAAUUGCGACGAACUUAUCCCAGAGUACUUAAACUUCAUCAAAGGCGUCGUUGAUUCAGAAGAUCUCCCAUUAAACAUUUCCCGUGAGAUGCUCCAACAAAACAAAAUCUUAAAAGUAAUCCGCAAGAAUUUGGUGAAGAAAUGUUUGGAACUAUUCGAAGAAUUAUCCGAAGACAAAGAUGGCUACAAGAAAUUCUACGAACAAUUCUCGAAAAAUCUCAAAUUGGGCGUCCACGAAGAUUCCCAAAAUCGCGCAAAACUCGCCGAUUUACUCCGUUAUCACACAUCCGCCAGCGGAGACGACGCGUGCUCUCUCAAAGAAUACGUUAGCCGCAUUAAACCGAAUCAAAAACACGUUUAUUACAUCACCGGAGAAAGCAAAGACCAAGUUGCUAAUUCAUCGUUCGUUGAACGUGUUAAGAAGCGCGGUUUCGAAGUCGUUUACAUGACAGAACCAAUUGAUGAAUACGUCGUUCAACAAUUAAAAGAAUACGAUGGAAAACAAUUGGUUUCUGUUACAAAAGAAGGUCUCGAACUUCCAGAGGAUGAAGAUGAAAAGAAAAAACGCGAAGAGGACAAAGCCAAAUUCGAAGGUCUUUGCAAAGUAAUGAAAACCAUUUUGGAUAAUAAAGUCGAAAAAGUCGUCGUUUCAAAUCGCUUGGUUGAAUCCCCCUGUUGUAUUGUAACAUCUCAAUACGGCUGGACAGCUAAUAUGGAAAGAAUUAUGAAGGCUCAAGCACUUAGAGAUACUUCCACUAUGGGAUAUAUGUCUGCUAAGAAACAUUUAGAAAUUAAUCCAGAUCAUCCAAUUGUGGAAAAUUUGAGACAAAAAGCUGAAGUUGAUAAAAACGACAAAGCUGUAAAGGAUUUGGUUAUUUUACUCUUCGAAACUGCUUUAUUGAGUUCUGGAUUCACUUUGGAUGAACCUCAAGUUCAUGCUUCUAGAAUUUACAGAAUGAUCAAAUUGGGUCUUGGAAUUGAUGAAGAUGAAAUGGUUGUGGAUGAUUUGCCGGCUGGAGAUGCACCCACCACCGAGGGUGAAUCUGAAGAUGCUUCUCGUAUGGAAGAGGUUGAUUAAGAUGUUGGGUUUGAAGAGAUUUAGAAGAAUUAAAAUUCAAGAAGAAUGAUGUUCAAGUAAGAAAAGGUAUUUAAUUUAGGGCAUGUGUUCUAAGAUGUUCUAAUUCUCUCGUUCAUUCCCUUUUUUUUUUUGUAUAUUUAUUGUUUGUAUACAAUAUAACAACUAGACUGUGUUUUUAUUUUUAGUUUUCCAUCUUGAUUACGAUUUAAAUGUAAGAUACUCGUACCAAAUAAAAUAUAAAUGUUUCAUUUGAA